AUGUUAUUCGAAUUUCUUAUAAUUGUCAUUUCAAUUGCGUCUUGGGCAACCUCGGCGUCAUCUCAUGGGUAUGAACCAGAAAAGUCUACAUGUCCAAUUAACCCAUUAGUUAGAUCAGCAACAGGUUUAAGUAAAGAAGAAACAAAUUAUAUUGAAUCACAUUAUGUUCUUGCAAAACAAAGUUUAGAAGCUUAUUUAAGUAAAUUAGAUUAUUUUAAUGCAUCAAAGUUUUUAAGUGAAGCAAAUCCAACAAUUGGUUUAGCAUUUUCUGGUGGUGGUUAUAGAGCACAACUUUGUGGAGCAGGUCAAUAUGCUGCUUUAGAUUCAAGAACUAAUGUUGUAAAUGGUAAAGGAUUAGGUGGUUUAUUACAAUCUUCAAAUUAUAUUGUUGGUUUAUCAGGAGGUUCAUGGUUGGUUGGAUCUGUUGUAUCCAGUAAUUUAAUUUCUAUUGAUGAAUUAAUCAACAAUAAUCAAUUAUGGCAAACAACUAAUUCAAUUUUAAAUUAUUUUGAUAAUUCUGUUGAAAAUUUAGAAAUGUGGUUUGAUAUUGGUGAACAAGUUUUAGAUAAACAAGAAGCUGGAUUUGGUAUUAGUAUCACUGAUGUUUGGGGAAGAGCUUUAAGUUAUCCAUUGUUAACUACAAAGCCUUAUUAUGGUGCUGGUUAUAGAUUUAAUGAUGUUUUGAAUGAAACAAAUUUUAGAAAUCACUAUAGUCCAUUUCCAAUUUUGGUUGCAUUAGGUAGGGUACCAAAUACAAAUAUUAGUCCAAGCAAUAGUACUGUUUUCUCCUUAACUCCUGUUGAAUUGGGAAGUGAAUCGCCAUAUUUAGGUAAAUUUGUUCAGUCAAAAUAUUUAGGAACAAAGUUAGAUUCUGGUCAACCAAUUAAUGAUGAAUCAUGUGUUCAAGGAUUUGAUAAUACUGGAUUCUAUUAUGGUACUAGUUCAAGUGUUUUCAAUGAAGUUGUUUUAUAUUUGGAUAACUCAACCCUUCCUGAUUUUUUAAAAGAAUUGAUUACUGAAAUUUUAUUAGAUCCAAUUGAAAAAGCAAAUGUAGAUGUUGCAAUUUAUGAUCCAAAUCCAUUUUAUUCCAAAAACAAUGCAAAUAAUACUAUUGAAGAAUCAGAAUCAUUAUAUUUGGUAGAUGGUGGGGAAGAUGGUCAAAAUGUUCCAUUGUAUCCAUUAUUGAAAAGAAAUGUUAGCUGUAUAGUAGCAUUUGAUAAUUCAGCGGAUUAUUUGAAUUGGCCAGAUGGUACAAGUUUAGUUACAACUUAUGAAAGACAGUUCUCAAAAGCUGGUGAAAAUACUCCAUUUCCAUAUGUACCAGGUCAAUCAUCAUUUAGAAACUUAAAUUUAACUUCAAAACCUACAUUUUUUGGAUGUGAUGCAAAAAAUCUUUCAACAUUAACUGAUAAUAUUUAUGGUGUUCCUAUAGUUGUUUAUAUUGCUAAUCGUCCUUUCACAUAUUGGAGCAAUACAUCGACUUUCAAAUUAGAAUAUAGUUUGACUGAACGUAAUGCUAUGAUAUCAAAUGGAUUUGCAGUUGCUUCAAGAUUGAAUGGUACAUUAGAUGAAGAUUUUGAUGUUUGUGUUGGAUGUGCAAUUAUUCACAGAGAGGAAGAAAGACUUGGUAUUGAACAAACUGAUCAAUGUAAAAAAUGUUUUAAAAAGUAUUGUUGGGAUGGAACAAUUUACACUGGAAAUCAAGUUUAUGAUAAUUUUGAUGAUAAUGGUGUAACUAAUGAUUGGUCUUGGUAUAAUAAAGAUACUAUUCCAGGAUAUAAUUUAACUUCUCCAACAAAAUUUAAACACCAUGGAAGCAUUCCGAAACGGAAUAAAACCGUAAAUUGUAAUUGCACUGCUCCGACCCAUUGGAGAAAAAUUCAUUACUAA